CCUUCACAGAGUGAGUUUAAAAAGAGUGAAAGACGAAAGAGAUUAUUAGCAUUCAAUCUCUGUCUGCAAGAGCCUUCUUUACUACAAGAAAUCACAGAGACAUCUAUGGAGCCAUUAUUCUCAUACAUAUAUCAUGGGAACUGUGAUUUUCUGCUGGAUCUGUACUCACAUGUGAAGGACUAUGAGAGUCAAACAGGCAGGAGUGUCCUACCAGCAUUACAGUCAAUUUAUCAGUCAUCUCCUGCAGUCUGGACCAUAAACCUCUCAGAGAGAAAGACCUCCAUCCUCCUAGAAGUGCUGAAACUCCAAACAGAGAAGAAACCAGUAGAGCUGAUAGACUGGACAGAUGAUGAGAGUGAAGUGAGAGGAUUCAUCCAGUGUCUGCCAUACAUCUCUGAAUCGAGUUUUAACGGCACUGUUUUAAUUCAAAAGAGCGACAAGUCAGCUGUUCAGUUUCUGGUGAAUUUGUUCACUGCAGCAUCAGAGUUUGAUACAAACACAGGAGAAAACUACAUGGAGAUAUUGACAUCUGUUUGCAGCUACAGAUAUUUUCCUCUAAACUCUUAUGAUAAUGAGCUUCAGAUGAAACAGUCUGAAUUCCUGCUUACUUUGUGGCUACAUGGGAAAAACUAUAUGACUGAAAAAGACAGAUGUAUCCAUUCAGCAUUUCAGUCAAUUUACAGGCUAACUCCUGCACUCUGGACCAUAAACCUCUCAGAGAGAAAGACCUGCAUCCUCCUAGAAGUGCUGAAACUCCAAACAGAGAAGAAACCAGUAGAGCUGAUAGACUGCACAGAUGAUGAGAGUGAAGUGAGAGGAUUCAUCCAGUGUCUGCCAUACAUCUCACAACUGAGGUUUAUUAAACCACCAAAUGAAUCAUUUGAACUGUGGGAAAAGAGAAAGAGAUUGUUUAUACUGGAUUUGUGUUUGCAAGCUGCUGUCUGUCAGAAAGAGACCAUAGAGACAACUGUGAAGAUGCUGCUGUCAUCUGUGUAUUAUAAGGAAUGUGAUUUUCUGCUGGAUCUGUACUCACAUGUGAAGGACUAUGAGAGUCAAACAGGCAGGAGUGUCCUACCAGCAUUACAGUCAAUUUAUCAGUCACCUGCAGUCUGGACCAUAAACCUCUCAGAGAGAAAGACCUCCAUCCUCCUAGAAGUGCUGAAACUCCAAACAGAGAAGAAACCAGUAGAGCUGAUAGACUGGACAGAUGAUGAGAGUGAAGUGAGAGGAUUCAUUCAGUGUCUGCCAUACAUCUCACUGCUGAGGUAA